GUCUUUCUCUGAACCUGCAAAGCUGACACCUACCUGAUAAUCUCUCUGCCUUUGAAUGCAGCUCUGGAACCAAAUGCAUCGCUUUACUGCUCUUAAAAAGUGAAUAGAGUUUGAUUACCUCAAGCUACAAGCUGCUUUGCUCCCUAAGAAGGACACAAAAGGAGCCAGACAUCAUUGUUUUUCAAUCUACCUGAGAAGCUUUUUGCAUUUAUGCCAGAAACUUGAUGGUUUCAGGAGGAAGUUUGGGGUUUGUUUUUAAUUGGAAUGUUGAAAAGUUUUUUACUGAUGCUUUUAAAUGGAACUCAAUUUUUAAAUAUGGGUUAAGUCAGAUCUAAAGGAGACAUGCCUGAUCAUUUUCUGCUGGACUGACGGGGAACUUCUAGAGGGAAAUUUGGUAGGAGAAAAAGAUCUGAUUUGCAACUAACAAUCAUGCUUUAUUUUGAGAAUAUUUACAGACUCACUGAAAGGGAAAUUAAAUAUUGACCAAAGACAAUGUCUGGAUUUUCCAGUAACUUAUCAACAAAUGACUCUACCCUGUGGAAAGAAAAUCAUAAUUCGACGGACCUUUUAAAUCUGCCAGGAACUCUGAAUAUCUAUCUGUUUUGCCUGACAUGCUUAAUGACUCUUGCAGCCCUGGCAGGCAGCAUUUAUUCACUAGUUUCCCUGCUGAAAACGCACAACAGAACCGUUGUGUCCAUGCUUGUGGCUUCCUGGUCUGGGGAUGAUCUCAUGAGUGUCCUGUCGGUGACCAUCUUCAUGUUUUUGCAGUGGCCAAACCAGGUCCCUGAUUACUUCCAGGCUCUGUGCACCACCUCUGCCUUACUAUAUUUAUGCCAGGGCCUCUCGAGCAACUUAAAGGCGACUCUCCUAGUCUCAUACAACUUUUACUCCAUGCACAGGGCUGUGGGGAGCCAGGCAGCCUCCAGAAGAUCCGGCCAGGUGCUCGGCGUGGUGCUGACCGUGUGGGCAGCCAGUCUGCUGCUCUCGGCGCUCCCGCUGUGCGGCUGGGGCACCUUCGUGCGCACGCCGUGGGGCUGUCUGGCGGACUGCUCCAGUUCCUACGUGCUGCUCCUCUUCGCUGUGUACACUUCGGCCUUCGGACUCCUCGCCGGCCUCUCUGUCCCGCUCACUCACCAGUUGCUGUGUUCGGAGGAGCCGCCGAGGCUCCACGCCAACUACCAGGAGAUUUCCCGCGGAGCUUCCACUCCUGGGACCCCUCCAAGUCGUGGGGGAGUGCUUUCCUUGUCUCCAGAUGAUGCUCCCGGCCCUGCGCUGCGCUAUUCUGGGGGAUGCUCCCCCAGCUCCGACACUGUGUUUGGACCGGGUCCACCAGCGAGGGCACAGCUGGGGCAGGGGCCGGGACACGAGGCUACCGCUGUGGUUGGAGCCUGCAGGCGUGAGAACCGGGGGACUCUCUAUGGCACCAGGAGCUUCACCGUGAGCGUAGCGCAGAAGCGCUUCUCUUUGAUCCUAGCGCUGACGAAAGUCAUCCUUUGGCUGCCCAUGAUGAUCCACAUGAUGGUCCAGCAUGUGGUAGGGUUUCAGAGCCCUCCCUUCGAGACACUCAGCUUUCUGCUAACCCUGCUGGCCACCACUGUAACCCCAGUGUUUGUCUUGUCCAAACGCUGGACCCAUCUGCCCUGUGGCUGCAUCAUCAACUGUAAGCAGAACGCAUAUACAGUGACAUCUGAUGGGGAAAAAACCAAGAGGAGAGGCUUUGAAUUCAAUCUGUCAUUCCAAAGGAGUUAUGGGAUUUAUAAAAUAGCACGUGAAGAUUACUAUGAUGAUGAUGAAAAUUCUACAUCCUAUCACAAUCUCAUGAAUUCUGAAUGCAAAACUACAAAAGACUCUCAGAGAGACACUCAUAAUAUCUUUAAUGCCAUAAAAGUGGAAAUCAGCACCACACCCUCUCGGGACAGUUCUGUACUAAAAGGGAUCAACAAAUGCACAAAUACUGAUAUUAUGGAGGCUAAACAGGAUUGCCACAGUGGAAAGGGUGUUGAUCCACUGAUUUCUGAAGAAACAGGAGGUGAUACAAACUAUGAAGAAACCACCUUUUUGGAAGGGCCAGAAAGAAGACUUUCUCAUGAGGAGAGUCAGAAACCAGACCUUUCAGACUGGGAAUGGUGUAGGAGUAAAUCAGAAAGAACCCCUCGUCAGCGUUCUGGUGGUGCCCUUGCCAUUCCCUUGUGUGCAUUCCAGGGGACUGUGUCUCUCCAAGCACCUACAGGGAAAACCCUAUCUCUUUCUACCUAUGAGGUAAGUGCUGAAGGACAAAAGAUAACCCCAGCCUCUAAGAAAAUAGAAGUCUAUCGAUCCAAAAGUGUUGGCCAUGAACCAAACUCAGAAGAUUCUCCCUCCACAUUUGCGGACACCAGUGUGAAAAUACACUUGGAAGUUCUUGAAAUUUGUGAUAACGAAGAAGCCUUGGAUACCGUGUCAAUCAUUAGCAACAUCAGCCAGUCCUCUACACAGGUCAGAUCUCCAUCCCUACGCUACUCGCGGAAAGAAAACAGAUUCGUUUCUUGUGAUUUAGGGGAAACAGCGUCAUACUCUCUCUUUUUACCUACGAGUAAUCCUGAUGGUGAUAUCAACAUCUCCAUUCCGGACACUGUUGAAGCACACAGGCAGAACAGUAAAAGGCAGCAUCAAGAGAAGGAAGGCUACCAGGAGGAAAUCCAGUUGUUAAAUAAAGCUUACAGAAAAAGAGAGGAAGAAGGCAAGGGUAACUUGUGAUCAUUUGGUCUAAUAAAGGCAAGAAUGAAUCUGCAAGUUCAAACUACUUAACGCUUUUGUUCUGAGGCUAUUUGAUUUCCUUUAUAACCUGUUGGUUUACAUAAGCAUUACAGAUUUAGUAGUUAAUUGUUUUUAGGAGGAGCAGCUAGAACUAGUGUAAACACUUAAGUGCUUUUGAUGUAUUACCUGUAGAUCACACACUGUGGUAUUUAAAGGUUUGUUUCUUAUCUGAUUCCUAGGCUGUUUUCUAGAUCAAAUAUCAGCCUCAUAUACUAACGUUUUUGCCUAUUUGUCAUCUUCAGAGUAAACAGAAAGUUGUAUAAAUUCAACAAAUAUAUUAUUACCAUUCUCAUGUUUCAACACGUAAUACUAGACUUUACUGCAAAGGGUAAAAAGAUAUUUUGGGAAUGGAAGAAAUGUAGCAAAAUUCUGAGUUGUAUUUGAAGAGACUUGCCUACAUGUGCCUAGCAAAAGAAGCUCAUUACAGUUAACUGCUUUAGCUUUACACUGAUGUCUAGAAAAUAUAUUCUCAUGUAAAAUGGCAAACUACCUAGCUUCCAUCUUUGAAACAUGCAUGUCCAUAAUCUGUAAAUAGUUGUUUCCUUCAUUUCCAUAAAAUAUGAAUUGCUUACUAAAUGUUUUUCUUCCUUUCUAAAAUGUAUUUUCCUUUUAUCUUUCUACUAUGUCAAGACUGCCCUUGAAACAAAAUGUUGUGUGUUAUAAGCGGAAUUAGUAGUCCAUAACUAAAAUAUUAUUGGAAAAGGUUGUAUAUGUACACAUCAUCAUUUCUAGAAUUGUUUUAUUUUAAUGGAAAUUGGGGAAAAACACUGCCAGAUUAAGUUCCGUGAGGGAUGCUCAACUAGAUUAACAAACUUCCAGGUAAAGCAGAGGAAAAUCCACUAAGUAAAAAGUAAAACUGUAUGUUUCUAAAGCUGCAGAUUUGGCAAACUUUCUUAGCUAUUCUUAAAGUAUAGAAAAUUUUAGUACAAAUCUUGUCCUAAGUUUAGGUACUUUUUGGUUUUUUUCUCAAAGAUGUGUAUCUCAAGAAAAUUCAAUAUAUAUUAUUAAAUGAGUGUACGAUAUACAUUUCAAGAUUAAUUUUAAAAUGUGUUACAUUGCAAAAAUGUAGGAAUCACCUUGUCCAAUUAUUAGUAAUGUAUAUCUCAAAAACUAUAGACUAAUUUGUUUCUUAAAAAUGGUUUAUUCUGAUCUUUCUUCAAACAUACAUUAAAUGUAUUACUUCAGUGUUUAUUUUCCAAAGUUAUUGAGUUGACAUUUUACAUGGUAUUUAACUGUGCAACACAUCUUACAUAUCUUAUUUUCUACAGACUGAGUGAAUUAUUCUUUUAA